AUGAUACCUCCUAUCCAUCUGGGUGUCGACCUUGACGCUUCUCCCAAGGAAGCCACCCCUUCACAGAGCAAGCGAAAACGACCGAACAACAAGGAAAAGGAGCAAAGCAAAAAACGCGAGCCCCUGGUACUCAAUUGGGACUGGGGGGCUUUGAAGGUCGAGAACGAGGCCAGUAGUAGUAACGUCGCCAUUACUAGCACCCAGAACGAGGUCAUCGAAAUAACCUCUUCAGAGGAAGAAAGCCCUCCAAAACGAAAGAAGCCCAAGAGUUCGGAUUUCCGGCAUGAACUCAAAAUUCUGAAAUCCGAGAAAGCUGUCGUUGAUAAAAACUACCAAGAGCUUCAAAACUGCUUCCGUGCCCUUACUGAAAGUCACGAGAAGGCCAAGGCAGAGCUGGAAAAACUGGGGAUUCCGGCUAUCACGCAACUCAUCAAAUGCGAUGUCUGCCAGGGAUACAUGCAAAACCCGACCGUCGUCACUGAAUGCGGUCACACAUUCUGCCAGGCCUGUCUCCACGAGUGGUUCAGUAUCGCGAGGGCCAGGCGCUGGGAGGAUGAGGGAUGGGUUAGCCCCCCUGAAUAUACAUGCCCAUUGUGCCGGAGGGUAGUCCAUAGGCGGCCUACUGUAGUCUACGCCUUGAAGGAGAUAGUCUCCUCCACAAUGAGGGAGAUACUCAACAAUCCGAACGUUCGAGAGCCUGAAAAGAUGGAGGCAAAAGAUCACCACCAUGCGGUUGUCCCAUUGGCCACAAACAGGGAGCAUUGGGAGGAGUUUUUCCCGUUCAGGUUCUAG